AUGCUUGGAUCUAACCUUCUCCUGGCCUCUCUCGCCCUUGGGCUUGCGAGUGCCGGUCUUUUACAAGAAGUACCUGCAAAGGCUUCGACUGGACUGUUAGCCAAAAGAGCUGGCGAGGGCCCCAACUGCAACGGUCCAAACGAUAGGGGCUGCUGGAGGAGCCCUAGCCCUGCUGAACCAACCGGAUUCAACAUCGAUACCGACUCGGAAACUGUUUGGCCCUCGAAUGUUGCUCAAGGCCAAACAACAACGACCUACACUUUGACCGUCGCUGAGAAAACACUUGCUCCCGAUGGAGAUGGGAAGUUGAUGCAAGUGAUUAACGGUGUUUAUCCUGGGCCAGUGAUCGAAGCUAAUUGGGGUGACGUUCUGGUCAUCGACGUGGUCAACAAUUUAACAAACAACGGUACUAGCAUGCACUGGCACGGAGUGAUACAGGCCAACUCGACCACUCAAGAUGGUGUCAACGGAAUCACAGAGUGUCCCAUUGAACCCGGAGCUACCAGAAGAUACACAUUCAUUGCAACCCAACAUGGCACCAGUUGGUAUCAUUCUCACUAUUCUGGUCAAUAUGGUGAUGGAGUUGCCGGGACGAUUAAGAUCAACGGACCAGCCUCUAUGAAGUAUGACGAAGACCUAGGAACUUUUCCUAUCACAGAUUGGUAUACGGACAAUUCGUAUCUAGCAGGUUUCAAGUCUGAACAAGGCGGACCACCUAGAGCCAAAGGUGCCUUGAUCAACGGAAAAAUGAAGAGUGCUCCAGGACCAAAUGGUAAAGGAGCCUAUGAAGAUGUUAAGAUUGAGAAGGGCAAGACCUAUCGUCUACGUCUCAUUAAUACAUCUGUCGACAUGAUGUACAAAGUGUCGCUUGAUAAUCAUCGCUUCUCCGUCAUCGCUGCCGAUUUUGUUCCCAUAAAACCAUGGAAUACUACAUGGCUGUUCAUGGCAAUUGGUCAAAGAUACGAUGUCGUCUUCACUGCCAACCAGACCUCGGACAGAUACUGGUUCCGAGUCGAAGUUCCACCAGGAAAACUUUGUGGAAACAAUGCGAUGUCGUUGGGCGCUGGGCAACAUUCAAUUUUCGCAAUUUUCUCGUACCUCAAUGCUCCAAAACCCAACGACGAGCCUACCUCGAAAUCCCAAGAAACAUAUACUGUGGAGUGUGCAGAUGAGAAAGGGAUGAUACCAGUGACCGAGAAGAAUGUUACCAACAUAUUCGACUUUAAGGGUGAUGCCACUGAUAAAAUGAAUCUGGUUCAGGGUACAAGAGACAAGCAUGGAAGAAGAAUUAAUAGUUGGACUAUCAAUGACAAGGAGAUUGAUAUUCAGUGGGAGAACCCAACCCUAGAAUACCUACUCAACAACGAUCUCCCAACAAUACAAAACAGGCCGGGUAGCAACAUCUACACUCUUAAAGAGGCUAAUCAAUUCUAUUACUGGGUCAUCCAAAACACCGGUGCAAAUCCUCAUCCAAUUCAUCUCCACGGACACGACUUUUUCAUUCUUGGACAACAAGCAGACUCGACCUUUACAGCUGCAAUGACGAAUACUUUGCAAUUCACCAAUCCUCUUCGAAGAGAUGUUGCUAUGCUGCCACCAAAGGGAUACUUGGCUAUUGCUAUUUAUACCAACAAUCCCGGUGUCUGGCUGAUGCAUUGCCAUAUCGCAUGGCACGUAUCUCAAGGUCUCGGCGUCCAGUUCGUGGAACGCCCAGAUGAGAUUCUCCGUGACCAGCAUGUCGGUCUUGAGGCUAUGAACUCCAGUUGCGCGGCUUGGGACAAGUGGUACGCUGGAACUCAAUUCAAGCAGCCAGACUCUGGAUUGAGACUUUUCUGA